AUGAGUUCUAGCUCUGAUGAUGUCCUUCAUAGGUUGCACGAAUGCUCAGCCUGUUUACCUCCUAAACGAGGGAGGAUGUCUUGUGCACUGCGUCAACCUGAGCGUCGUAUCAAAACCAAACGGCUGCAGUACAACAGGAUUCAACCGUCGUCUUUGGUUAAGGACUCAGCCACUCACAAUCUCCAGGUUUCCCAGACCCAAUCUACUCUGGUAUCCACCACGCAAUCACUUCUGGAUCUGCAGAACAAACUUACCAGUCUAACAACAAGUUUUGAGAUCGGGUUGUCCGACACUAGAAACAAAGCAGACAGCACUGACUCUGAACUACGCCAUUUGGUUAGUCAGUUGGACCAGCUUACCGUAAAUCAAGGUCUCCUGCGUCAACAACAGCUGAAGGACACCCAAAGAUUGGAUGCCAUUAAGCAUUCUACCGACGCGCUCAAUCUAGCCAUUGGUUCGGAGGCCUUUGAUUUUCUCAAUCACAGUGUUCUUGAUGAGCUAACCAAAUCAGCGGCUCUCCAGGCAAAUGAAUUGUCACAGCUUAGGGAUCGGCUGGCACAAAUGAGUCAGGCCGAGGCACAGGCCCGCAUAUUCUGGCAGCAGGAGUGGAUGGUCGAGCGGGACAAGUUGGUUCAAUCAGCUAAUUCCUUUAGUGCCAUUCUGGAAGAUGAUAGAAACCGAACGUUAAAGAAGGCAAGGAGGAUGAAAUCUUAUUUCUGA